AUGAGUGGACUUUCAUUCAAAAUUAAUGAAAAAUUAAAGUCCUUAAAGAAUAGCUCAUUUUCAAAGUUUGGACUUCAAAAAUAAAUAACUAAAUUAGAUUUUGGAGAGAUAAAUAUUACUUAAAAGGAGAGUGUUAUAAAGAUAUUUUGA